AUGGCCGCCGCGUGCAGCUGCAGAGUGGCGGUGCUGGUCCUCCUCUUCUCGCUCGCCGUGAUGCUCGUGGCGACGCCUCCUCCGUGCGCAGCCGCGGCAAGGGUGCUGCUUGUUGCCGACGUAAGACCACGCGCAGGCGCCGGCGGUGGCAAGGGAGAUGGUGGACCGUCGCCGACGGCGGUGGCGACAGCAGCGCCCGAGAGCGGGCUCCGAGGAUCGACGCCGGCGUCGUUGGGCGGCAGGAGGACGACAGCCACUGGCAAUGCCGCCGCGCGGGUGCUGGGGUCCGUCCCGAGCCCCGGCGUCGGGCAUCACUAG